GAAACCGGAGCUCUCGGAGCCACCUGAUUCGCUACGCGCUGUGUGCUGGUGGAUGCUCCUCAAGCCUGACUGAACGACUGCCCGUUGUUUUGUGUGUGUGUGUGUCUUUCUCUCUCUCUCUCUCUCUCUCUCUCUCUGUGGCCUUGCAAUUGCAAUGAUAAUCGCGAAUGGGAAUGUUGUUGCACUCCUUUGCGCCGGUGCAGCAGCGACGGUCGAGGAACCGCUGAAUUGUUCUCACGAUACGCAGACAGCAAGCACGAGCCUCGAGCGUCAGGAAGACGAGGCACUCACCGCACAGCUCCGAGAGCCCGUCGCCACAACCGCGACCGGAGCGACGUUGAACGGAUGCAUCAGCAUCAGCAGACCGCAAAUACAGUCAGCAGUCAGUCACUCAGUCACGCUGAUAGUCGACGAUGCAGCUUUGGUCACGAGCGAUUUCGUGUUUCGCGUCGACGGCACUUUCUGAAUUCGCAGCAUUUUGAUUCACGAUUGUGAUCGCUGGUGAUUUGCUCAACGAACGAAUUCGCAACACGUCAAUUCGUCACAGCUAGACGGGCCGCAGCUCCAGAAUUCGCCGGCGGUGAAUGUUGUGUUGUU